GGGGCGGGCGCGAGCCGGCUGAGAGCAGAUCCGCUGGCGGAGAGCGCGGGCCGCGCGGUGUGCACAGAUCUUUGAAACCUAGCGUAAUCACCACCAACUUCACUCAAGAUGCCACCAGCAAUUGGAGGCCCUCAGGGAUACACCCCACCAGAAGGAGGAUGGGGAUGGGCUGUGGUCGUCGGAGCCUUCAUCUCCAUUGGCUUCUCCUAUGCAUUUCCCAAAUCAAUUACUGUGUUUUUCAAAGAGAUUGAAGCCAUCUUCGAUGCAUCGAGCAGCAAAGUCUCCUGGAUCUCCUCCAUCAUGCUGGCUGUUAUGUACGCAGGAGGUCCCAUCAGCAGCAUCCUGGUGAACAAGUAUGGCAGUCGGCCAGUAAUGAUGGCUGGGGGCUGUCUAUCCGGGUGUGGCUUGAUCGCAGCCUCUUUUUGUAACACUGUGGAAGAGCUCUACUUCUGUGUUGGGGUUGUGGGAGGUCUUGGGCUUGCAUUUAACUUGAACCCAGCCUUGACCAUGAUUGGCAAGUACUUCUAUAAGAAACGUCCAUUGGCCAAUGGAUUAGCUAUGGCAGGUAGCCCUGUAUUCUUGUCUACACUGGCCCCCCUGAACCAGUUUUUCUUCAGUAUAUUUGGCUGGAGGGGGAGUUUUUUAAUUCUUGGUGGCCUUUUGCUGAACUGCUGUGUAGCUGGAUCUCUGAUGCGACCUAUAGGCCCCAAGCCAGAUCAGCUGAAGAAAGAGGUCACAAAAGAAGUAUUGCAGGAAGCAGGGAAGUCAGCUAUGAAAGCGGAUGAAGGAGCUGGCGAUGCCAGUGUGGACCUUAUUGCUGGAAAGACGAAGAAGCAGAAGCUCACCGUUUACCAGACGAUUAACAAGUUCUUGGAUUUGUCCCUGUUUACGCACAGAGGCUUCUUGCUCUAUCUGUCCGGCAAUGUUGUUAUGUUCUUUGGACUGUUCACUCCCUUAGUCUUCCUCAGCAAUUAUGGCAAGAGUAAAGAGUUUGGUAAUGAGCGGGCUGCCUUUCUGCUUUCCAUUCUGGCCUUUGUAGACAUGGUGGCUAGGCCUUCCAUGGGACUGGUGGCAAACACCAAAUGGGUCAGACCGAGGAUCCAAUAUUUCUUUGCUGUCUCUGUGGUGUAUAAUGGAGUGUGCCACCUCCUGGCACCCUUUUCCACCACCUAUGCUGGGUUCUGCAUCUACGCUGGGUUCUUUGGAUUUGCCUUUGGCUGGCUCAGCUCUGUCUUGUUUGAAACAUUGAUGGAUUUGGUUGGCACUCAGAGGUUCUCCAGUGCCGUCGGGCUGGUGACAAUUGUGGAAUGUUGCCCUGUGCUCCUAGGACCACCUCUCCUAGGUAAACUCAACGACAUGUAUGGUGACUACAAAUACACAUACUGGUCAUGUGGAAUCAUCUUGAUCAUCUCUGGGAUCUACCUGUUUGUGGGAAUGGGCAUCAACUACCGGCUGCUGGAGAAAGAACAAAAGGCAGAGGACAAGCUGAGAAACGAAGCGAGAGAGGAGGAAACAAAUAUCGAUGAGGCCGAGAAACAAAAAGAGGCCGAGAAACAAAAAGAGGCCGAGAAACAAAAAGAGGCAAACAACGAUGUGGCCAACGUGUCGCAGAAAAAUACAGAAGAUGGCAUAAAAGAGGAGGAGAGUCGCAUGUGAGGGACUGAGUUUAAUCCUGGAGGGUUGGAGGAAGUGCUGUUCCUCUAAAACAGUGUCUGGGGAAAAUGCUGUGCUGGUAGUGAGCAGUCAUCAGAAGUUUAUAAACCAGGUGUUCAUUUUUAAACAAAGCUCUCUGUUGUUUUUCCAUCUGGAUUCAACAGCGGUAACAGCUACAUGUGCCAUAUCCUCUUACUUGGGUGGGAAACUUUUUUAUAUUCUGGCUUUUUUUAACAGUAACAUGAAUGUACUAAUAGGUGCCUUAAAGUUUCCACCUCUAGACUACUCUGGAAGAGCCUUAACGUGAUUCUGUAAACCAUGUUUUAGUUAGUUUUGUGAUCUGCUUAGGGUAUGUCUGUUUUUUAAAGCCAUAAAAAAGGAUACUGGUUAUUUUGAGGCUCAACUGGCUUCAUUGCAGAGUCUAAAAUGAAUACUGCUUCACAUACUUCUUAACUGCCAGACUCUUAGUGGAAGUUGGGAUAUUUUUGGGGUGGGUUAGUGGGAGGGGCGGUCUUAAAAUAAAACCAGACAAAAUCCAAACUCCUUUGGAUGCCAGACACCACCUGGCUCUAUUUGUAGGCUUUUCUAGCACCUCUUGAAGACAUUUUUUUAUCUACUGUAGUUUUUUAAACAUCCCCCUUCAGUUAAAUUUUGAUGGAACACUUGGGUUGGAGCUGAUGACUGAAAUUAAUAACUAUCUUCACUCCACUUCUUUUGGGGUGGAGCCUCAUUUUAUUGUGAUCAUCCCAUUUUCAUAAAUGACACUUGCUGAUGCAGGAAGGAUUCAGGUUUAGAUCAUCCCACUUUUCCUAGGCAAAGAAAUUUCCAAACUCUGUCUUUGUGAUGCCUCUCUUUAAAGUAACACUAUGAAACCAAAUGGGUACAAAUGCAGAAGGUUGAGUUGUUUAGUUAGGAACCUGCUUUAGUCAUAACUAAAGGAAUCAAUGCUGGUAUGUAUUGGGUCUGUGCAUCCGUCUUUCCAAUCCUAUCACUGGGUGUGGCUUUGGAAUUGGAAGUCUUCCGCUGCUGCUUCAUUUAGGAAAUCAGCAUCUCUACCAGUGUGUGCCAGUACUACUAUGUCCCUUCUUCUUCCCCUAGCCCUGAUCCUGAGCUUCCUAAGAGGUGGCGUUUCUGUCCUGAAGCUUCCUUUAGACUGUGCACCCCCUCAGUAAAAUGAGCAUUCUACUCUUCACAGAGCUCUGUUCCAAACAAGAUGUUGCAAAAGGCUUGCUGGCUUUCUAGGAUGGAUCCCAUUCCUUCCGAAGUCAACAGCAGAACUUCCAAACGCUUCAGUGGGAGUGGAGUUGGCUUUUAGCAAGGGGGUGUCAGUUCUGUUACAUAUUCUCAGAGCCUCUACUGUGUUCAGAGCAUGGCUGACUCCCUUACUGGUAUGGAUCUGGUCUUGAGUAUGUGGCAUAUUGUCCUGUGCUCUGAGGCCUAAUAUUUUGCACACUAAAUGGGGCCAGAUACAGUCAUACUCUUAUAUGCCCAUGAGAUAAAAUAGCUAAAGCUGCGUAACUGCCCCUUAAAAAAAAAAAACUCUACUUGCUCCUGUUUAAGUGAGAAUUUAAAGCAAUUUCUAACUACUCAGAUCAAAGACUCUUAAGGGGGAAGGGGAGGAUAUCUUCUGUUUGUACAUAUUUAUUUUUUUUAGCACUGGUAAAUACCACAACUUGCAUGAAGAGGGUUAAGCAGAUGGCCCGUGACCUGUAGGCUCCUGGUGCUUGUGUUUUAGUGGAUGUUAAACAGAUAUCCUGUAAGACCUGAAGAUUUUGGUUUUUUUCUAAUAAACUUUUGUAUAAUUCACCCACCAAAUGUUGAUAUUUUUUCUUUUCCUAGUCAAAUAUUUUAGUAUGUUUCAUAGCCACAUUCUAGAGAUGUACCAGUUGGUGUGUAUUUGGUAGGUUUUUAGGGGGAGAAGCAUGUGGGAUAUUUGAAGUUGCAGAUUCUUCAGGUUGGCCUCUAAGAGGUGGUGGUGUAAUGCAGUUCACCUAAUCCAUGAGCACUGGAAGGCUGUGGCAAGAGAAUAAGCAACAAAAAUAGAACUUCAGUCCUUCCCUUUGAAGGCGGAAGAAGUGUUUUUGUUCGUAAUGUGGUUGGUACAGUAAGUGAACUGCAUUUCUUGCUCAAAUCUCUUUAAAAUGACAAGUUAACUUUAAACUCUUACCGGUGUGAGACAAAACUUCUUAAUUUCACAGAGAAGCAUGUUGGGGAUCAUCUGAGCUGCAUUUCUUGUGAGAUUAAGUCAAAGCAGAACAAAAACAGAACAAAAACAAAGACUUGUAGUUCUCUGUGUGUCUGGAGAAUACAACACACCCUGAUGCAAACUCAGUUUAAAACUUAGACCCACAAAGCUCAUUGGAAAGUAAAAACACUAAAGGGAGUGUUCCAUUCCAGAUACUGACUGCUAUAGCUCCAGUGAGGGCUGAGCAUGUUCACACACCUUAUACUUUUUUUUUAAGAGGUUUACUCAACUGCAGAAAGAGGUUUUUUUUUUUUUUUUCUUUUUUGUAUGUGGGUAGAUUGUAGCCCCAGAUGGUCAGCGACUCUGCACACAGCGAUGCCACUGCCUUACUUGGUUUUAGAGAUGAUUUUUUAGGGCUUGUCUACACUUACUGGGGGAUCGAUGAGCGCGUGGUUGAUUUAGCAGGUGUAGUGAAGAUCCUCUAAAUCAACUGCAGAUCGCUCUCCCAUCAACUCCUGUACUCCACUGGAUCGAGAAGAGUAGGGGGAGUUGAUGGGAGAGCGUCUCCCAUUGACAUAGAGUAGUGUGGACCCAGCGAUAAGUAGAUCUAAGCUAUGUUGACUUGAGUUACGCAAUUUGAAUUACGUGAAUAGCAUAGCUUAGAUCAACUUUUCCCUGUAGUGUAGACAAGGCCUUAGAAGCUGUUCAUGUUGUCUUGGCUUUUAAAAAUAUAUAAUUUGUUUUAAGAAAAAGCCCAAGUAUCUGAAUUUCUUAACAAAAACCCUGAAUGUUAAAUCAGCUGAAGGAUAGAGGGUUUUGAUGAAACAAAACCUCAUCUGGUUUCAUAAUCUAUCCUGGGAAAUCUUGCAUAAUUCUAUUAAAGCUUGCUCUCUCCAUUGUCCUCCUAGGUUUUACCUGGUCAAUUUUCAUAUUCCAGAAACUUUUAAAACUAUAACUUUGCUGAAGAACUGAGUUUGCACAACAUAAGAUGUCAGACAAACAGUAGUGAGGGUAGUUCAUACAGAUCUAGGGCUAGAAGGUAUAAAGUUGAAACUAAUUUUUUUUUGAGACUUUUUACAUAUGUACAACAUACAGCAGGUGGCCUUAGCUUUGCCACUUGGAGCCCCGGACAGUAUUACAUGAUGAACUGUGAUGUCCUCUGCCCUGUUUCCUUGGCUGCUGAUUUAGUGAGUUGUUUGUUUGUUUUUUUUAAUUGCAGUCUAUUCUAAACCUGCAAAAGGAACAGGUCAGGGUGUUUUCAUACUCUAGAAUAACGUUAUAAAGCCAAUAGAGUAUUUUGUAUAAACAGAUUUUAUUGUACUGUAUUGAGCUGUGACCUUGUAAAACCAAGAUAUUGUAUGUUUAUAAAUUCCAUAUGUCUGUCAUAGUUCACACUGCAAUAAACUAACCUUAAAAAGCU